AUGGAAGCUUUAGACUUAUUCUUCAAUCGUGUCAGCACCCACCUCGACUCUACUGGGAAUGGGCGCGUCUCCCCCACGACCACGACCACGACCACGACCACGACCACGACCACGACCACGACGACGGCGAUGACCACGGCAGCCGCGCUGACGAACGCUUCCGGCACGCUUCGGGUAAAGUCAGAGCACGACGACGACGACGACGCAACCUUGGAGUGAGUUCACACGACCGUGCGAGGGUACAAGUUGUCUAACUUAUACGAUCAUCUUGGCCGUCUACAGUCAUCGACCCACCAAGAAGCGUAGACGGUCCGGCAAAGUACUCGACGUUUGGAGGGCCCAGACCGCCGCCGCUCUUUCAGCCGCAUCCUCAGCCUCCGAGUCAUCAACGACUUCAUCCCCGACUUGCGGGGUCGUCGUCGCCCAGCAGAAUCGAUUGGGACCCCUCAAUUUAGGACCGACUAGUCCGAUGGCGAGGAUAGGGCAAAGGGAGAUGAACGCUUCCCUGUAUUGGCAUUUGAUAUCACGUGCGUGUCACCGGGCAAGUGGAAGGGAGGUAGAUUCUUCCGGGGGAGGGAAGACUGAUCUCAUCUUCUCUGACUCGUUCAGUUUCGGCACAAGCUUCGAAAUUCGUCACCAUUGGGGCGAGGACAGUGGAGGAUGUGUUGAGCACCAUUACGAGGAGGACGUCGGCCGGUGCUGAAUCACGCUAUGAGAAUGUGAGCUCCUUUUUUCCUCACAUCCCGGAUUUCGAUCACGAAGAAAAACCCACCUCAUUUCCCUCCAUUUCCAGGUCGUGCUCGCCUCCCUCGCCGCCAUCGGUGCGCGUCGUUCCUUCCAUUCCAGUAUAACAGGUAUCAUAGCCCCUUCGCUCCUUUCCUCCCCCGACGAAUUGACGACCCUUGCUCUAGGGGAGAGGAGGGACGCGGCGUGUUCGAGUUUGAUUGCUAGGGCUGUGGAGACGGCGGAGAGGUCGGGCUUGUUCGAUGAUCUGGAGGGGACGUCGAUAGAGGUGUUUAAUAUUCUCAGGAUUGCGACUUCGGGUGAGUCGGGUCGUUUCGAGGUGACGGGAGUUUCCUCGAAAGUGGGGCUGAUGUCCCACACCCCUAUUUUUGCUCAUAUCAUUAGCCGGAGCCAACUCCACCUCCUCGUCCUUCCCGAACAAGCGUCCCUUCACGACCAAUAUAGUCCAAAAGUCGCAUCGUUUACGACUCAUCGAUAACAUGCGCAAGAAAGGCGUAGGCGCAUUGGUGAUUGCUAGGCAUAGCGAUCCGACGACGAGGUUGGGGGGCAGGACUUUGGAAGGGGAUACGCUACUAGUGUUUGAUGCUUAUGAUGCGGUCGUGAUGGGGAAGGAGUUGGUAGUGUGAGUUUGAGCUGGUUAGAAUGGGAGAGGGGAGGCGCGACAAGUUGACUAAUCUCCUGGCUUCUUCAUACCACCAAUUGCAGACCGGACGAGAUGCUCGACACCUAUGGAGUCGAAGAAGCUCAAAUAGAUUAUACGUCCCCCAUUACGAAGAUCGAAGAACGGACGAUCCGCUCAAUCGGGGACACCUUGGCGUGUGAAGAGGAUGCCUCAGUAGAGUGGGACGACGUGCAACUUGACAAUAUUCGACAACUGCGGUGGCUGGCUAAGUUGAGGUUGCAAGGUGAGAAUGAGCUCAAGCAUUAACCUCACCUGAGCUUUAUCCCGUGCAUCGGUUUUUCUGUUGAACUGACCAUUUGGACCUUGUCUGUAUAGAUCCUGAUAUGAGCUCGAACGUCCUCCUAGUUUUCCAACAUCUCUUCGCGACCGUCGAUGAACGGCUUCGAGACCUGCACGACGUGCGAAGGAUGGUGCGCAAGACGCCACAUUUCUUUGCUGGUAAGCUCUUCCACCUACUUUGAAGCGUUUGCUUGAUUGACAGUCAUUGCCUCACCUCGCCUUCCCCGUAGUCCCCCUCCUCACGCUCGUCGCCCUCGUGACCGAAGCCGAUCGAAGGGCCUCAAAAGACCCCACCUCCAUUGAGGGGCAGAGGAUCGUAGAGGGUGCGCAGUUGAGAUUCCUCAAGUGGUUGAGGUUAUUCGUACAGAUGAUCGGGUUGGUGAGUUUUGAAUACAGCGUUGGGAGAACUUGAGGAGAAUAGGGGUGGUGGUGGAGCUGAACGGACUUUGUUUCGGAGCGGGUCUCAUAGAUUGGUGAUUCCUACGCCGAUAAUCACACCCGUGCGAUCUACAUCAUCAAACUAGUGCGUACACCCCAACCCUUACCACUUCUCAACCCCAAUAACUCAGCUCAUCCCCAAUCACAGGACUUUCUCCCCACCUGGAUACCCGUCGCCAUCCUAGGAGCCCAACACCAUGCCCACCAAACCGGACCUUUGAAGGAAGCGGAGUUUGAUUUCGACAUUUUGAGGAUUUUGCAUCGCGCGCUGAAGUUGGCGACGACGGUGUAUAAGAGUGCUUGUACGUCUGGGAGAGGUUUGGGCUGUAGUAUUAUGUCGGGGUUCGGAUUGGUUUUUGGUUUAGGACGGAGUGCUGAUGUUGUCUUAUUUGUCGGGACGGGUUCGACAGCUCCGAUGGAAGCUAAACUCUCUCGCGCUUUAGCGGAGGUAGGAGAACUUCAUCCACCUUCCACCACCACCCGUCCACACGAGGAAGGAACGGAUCUCUCUCCUUCCACCCAAAUUCGAACGACAUCUUCCGCAUCCUCAGUUGAAGUGAGUCGGUUCUUCGCAUCAAAAGUUUCACCUCCUCUCAGAUCUGAGAAGGGACUUGAGAGCUCAUUUCUGUUUUUUCAUAGGUCGAGCCGACUUUCUCUGCGGCCGGAUUGGUGCAGAGGGCUUUGAGGGACUUGGAGGGGUGGUAG